AAAACAACCCGCGGUCAAGGUCCAUGAAGUACUUGAUGUAGGAAAGAGAUUUCAGGAUAGGAUCUGCCUUUGGGUGUCUGAAGAUUCACAGAAAGAUGAUCUACAUUGUAAUGGGAGUCUCGGGCUGUGGAAAAAGCAGCUUAGGGGCUUUUCUUUCAGAAAAGCUGGGCUGGCCUCUGUAUGAAGGGGAUGACUUCCACCCACAGGAGAACGUUGAGAAAAUGGCUCGGGGCGAACCGCUCACAGACAAGGACAGAUUGCCUUGGCUUCUCAAACUACAUGAAGUCAUUCAGAGGGAAAGGUGUUCAGGCUCUGAUGCUGUUGUGGUGUGCUCUGCCCUGAAGUGCCUCUACAGACAGAUCCUGCUUUAUGGCUCCAAAGCCCUCACUUUCUCUUCCAGUCCAGACCAAGAAAUCCUGCCUCCCAUUGCUGCUGAUGUCUUUUUUCUCUUUCUACAUGGCGACUAUGAUCUCAUUCACCAGAGGAUGAUGUCCCGAAGGGGACAUUACAUGAAAGCAGACCUGCUGCGUUCCCAGUUUGAUGUUUUAGAGCCUCCGUUGGAAGGGGAGAAUGUGUUGUCACUGGACAUCAGGAGGAGCAUUACUGAUAUGGCCAUGGAGGUCGAAAAGCACAUUAUUGGCCUAAAGUCCUCACCAGUGAUGCCAUAACCACCACAGCAGACCAAAAGAGAGUACAUCAUCAUCAUUACAUUUUCAUCUGUUUUUAGGGAUGGCAAUGUCAGUCUUCUCAGCAGGUUCACCACAGACUGAAAUCUCAACACCUACUGGACAGAUAUUCAUGGUGCCCAUAGGAGGAAGCCUCUGACUUUUCCUCUAGCGCCCCCGGCAGGGCUAAGAUUUCACUUUUUUGUUGAAAUAUUCCAACACCAACAUCUACUUCAUGGAUUGGCACAAAAGUUUGUGCAGACAGUUAUGGUUCCCAGAUGAUGAAUUUUCAUGACUGGUGAUCCCUGAUUUUCUUCUAGUCCCACCAUAAGGUUAACAUUUUUGGCUUUUAUUAAAGUACACUAGAAAACAAAAUUGAUUACCCCUCAAUAUCACUAACACGUUAAAUGAUUCAAAAUUGUACCAUCUUACAAUAAUUGUAUUAUUUUUCAUUUGAAGUGAAGGGUAUUGAUCUUGCCUAAUUAAAAAAGAAAAACGGUUAGCUGGACUACAUCCACUACAAGCCAAAACAACCUCAAUGCAACAAAAGUGAUGACACCUGUAAUUGUAGUAUGGACAUUGACUCACUACAGAAUGGAUUGUAGUAAGUGGUAAUCCCCUGACCUUUCUUCUAGCGCCAUCACCAGGUCAAAAGUUUAAUUUGUCAAAUACUUCAUGUUUGUGACCAAAUACAUGCAAAGUAAUGACAUUUCCAUCAUCCUCAGCUAUACUUUGUGUUUAGUGCUAAUCAAAUGUUAGCACGCUAACACCCUAAACUAAGAUGAAGAACAUGAUAGGGAGAUUGCAGUGCCUUUGAUAGCAUGCAAACAUUCACAUUUAGCUCAAAACACCACUGUUUCUAAGUAGAGCUUCUCAGAGCAGCUAGUGGACUUUUCAUCUUGUUAUGAUCCAACAAUCAUGUCCAGUCCUCAUUCAGUCCAUAUCUCAGCGAAGGUGAAAGGGAAAUCACUGUCACCAUGGAGGUGCAAAAUCACAGAGCAGCUUGCGGAGCAGUGGGAAUUUUGGUUUGAUCUACUCAUUAGCACUUCAGUAGAGAAUGAAGUACAUAAUCUGUGUGAUCCUGGGGUGCAUCUGUGAUUCUGAAAACAACUCAUUAGCUGAAAACUUUGCAAACACGGCCUUAAGUGCCGUUCCAGCAUAUGCAGCAGAGUGUUGGGACCAAAAGGGUCGUUUUGUUUUUAUGUUUUUUUGUAUAUAAUAUAAUUUGCCACAAAGAAAAAAGGUCCACCUGUGCAGCUGAAGAGAGAGAGAGUAUUAGCUCUUAUGAAGAGGAUUGUGGAAGUAUUGUAAAAGUUUGCACUAUGAAGAUUCAGUGUUUUCACAGUAAGUUGUUAUCUAAUAUCAUCUUAUAUCUUUGAUGGCAUUAUAAUGGAAAAAUAGCAAGGGAACAUUUUUAAUUGAAAAGAAUAAAACGCAAACACGUUUUAAAAGAAAAUUAACCUGACCAUGCAAAACACAUAUAAAAGGUCUUUACUGAUAAGAUGAGCUUGUAUGAAUUUUGUUACAGUUUGCAACAGAUGGGCAACAUUUACAGAGGAAAAUUGGCUUUUGGCUGCAACUAAUAGUAAUUUUCAGUAAUGAUUAAUUUGCCUGUUUUUUUUCUUGGUUUACUGAUGAACCUUUUGGUCUAUAAAAUAUCAGCAAAUGGUGGAAAACUGAUCUUUAAUAGUUGAACUAAAUGCAUUGCAAUGCAAGCUGUGAGUGUACAUUCUUUUUUUUUUUGAUUUGUCUGUCAAACUUUCUGAAGCCAACCCAAAGAUAUUUAGUUUAAUCACAAAUAAAAUCUUCUCAAUCCAGAAGCGGAAAUUUAUCUCUGGAAAUGUUAUCUCGGUUUUGCUUGAAAAACUGUAUCAAUUUCAAAGAAGCUGACGAUUAAUUUUUAUGUUGUGUAACAAAUUUAUCGACUUAUCACUUCAGAUAUACAGAAAGUUAAUUUAUAUGUUUGUAUAACUUUGUCUCAGGUCGGUUUAGAGGAAAGCUAACUGGUGAAAAGGAGAAUCCACAGCCUGUGUAAGCACAUAUGUCUCUGCCACCAACUGUAUUGACUCACCACUUCUGCUUCACCUAACACGGAUUUUAA